UUGGUAGUCUUGAUAUCUCGAUUUUCAACCACUGAGAAUUGGGUGUGAAGACUACCAAGAACUAGCCCGGUAAUAUUUUCAGCAAAAUUACAACAUUUCCGUAGAUUCAUUGUCCUAUUUCGAAGUACUAAUUUUUCUACGGUAAAAAUUGUGGUUUUGUACGAUUAUAGUUUUCGGCUAGUCUCAGUUGAAUCGAGUACGAAGUGUUUGAGUUGUUUUUCUUGUUCUAGCAUAGUACAGGUGCAUAACCUCUAUACGACAAAAUUAUCCUAGAUAUGGUUUCAGUUUUUUAACUUUUCGCAUAGUCUAUUUAUUUUAUAGCGCUAGCUUUAUCGCUAUUCCCAUGUAAGAUUUUAUUCAGUUUUAUAUAUUUUGCAUAGGAUUUAGUAAAAUUCUGUGUAGAUCUUUUAUCUUUUGCGCAUCAGAGAUUUGCAUAAUUUAGGAUUCAAAAAAAUGAACGAAGUUCGUCCUAUGUAGAGAUAUUUGAUAAAUGAUUUCUAUGCCUGGUAUUUAGCAUAUUUCAAGAAGUCUCUAUUUACCAAGUAAGUGCAUAAGAAUGAACACUACCAAGUUUCACCACUACUACUGCUACGUAAAAGAUUCGCUAUGUAAUGUUGUUGGUGAGGAGCUUUACCACGACCUCCGAAUCGUAGAAACUACACUGCUCCCGGGAACGAACGGAACCAGAGCUGCUGCCAUUGCGUAAGAACUUCUGCGGGAUAAUUUGCCUCGAUACCUUGUCCAGAUGAAACCAGGUUCCAACCCGAUGAAGACCGACAUGGCAGCGCCGCGGCGCUUCUCGACGCAGGAGGUCUCUUCACGACGAAUACCUGUGAAGGCCGUGUUGUACCACCUCCUUCAUCUCUGGUCCUUCUCUUUCACCGGUGCUACCUCUUCAACCGUCGACACGUCCACCACAACCCCCAAUCCGCAACCAACCUCGGGUCCCUGCGACGCGUAUCAAAUGCAAAAAUGUCUGGGUCUGGGAGAUUGCGAGAUUUGUCAUGUUUGUCUGGUAUGACUCUGAACUCUGUGUUGCAUGGCCGCGAAGAGCUCCCCCUCCCUGUCAUGCAAAAACGCAGUUUCUCAUGCGGAGUACGCAACUCAGAACCAUGGAAAAAACUUGUCAUGCUUGGCAGCGCAUUAUAGUGACUUUACUACUCCCUUUUUUGCAUCACAAGUUUCCAAACCCAGACAUUUUUGCAUUUGAUAACGCGGCCACCGCAGCGAAAUGCGGCUCUUUCGACAUCUACCACAGCUGUAACUAUGUGGAUCCUUCUGUGUAUGGACAAAACAACAACCACCCGGGCUACCAGUGCAACUGCAAACACCCGGCGUGGACGUUUGACACGUAUGGGACUGGGGGGUGUAAACAGAACUUCCAGAACAUCCCGCAUCGACGGCUCCCGCAGGCGUAUUUACCAAGACCGAGUCAAACCUACACGAUGGAUGAAAACGGGAUAUGGACACGAAAGUUUGUCACAGUCACUAUUUUGCAAGUUUUGCAUCAGAAAUUUUCUAGCAUCACAACUUUUAUCGUGUAUUGCGGAAAUAACACAAGGCGAAUCGCAUAUGAAAUUUGACUGUGAUGCAUGUUGAUGCAUGACAGGCGGCCUUUGUAUUGCGAAACUGCGCAUGAGUGAUCGUGACCAACUUUUUUUGUUUGAUACGGGAAGAUUUUGCUGCAGUCCCAGCAGGUGAGCAGUAUCGUGAGGAAAAACUGUUUCACUGUGAUACUUUUGCAAGUUUUGCAUCACAAGUUUGCUAUGCAUGACAUAGAAAAUUUGCCAUGCGCCCUCCCUAACAGAAAGCACACUUAGAUUAUAUCCCAUGUCUUGCAGGUCGUGUAGCAAGACAAAUAGAUCUGUGUCCCAGCCUAUGCAUCACAAGUUCACAGUGAAGCAGUUUUUUCUUGCGACAAGCAGCACGGCGGAGCUGAUGCCGACGGAUCCGGAGCCGUGGAUCAUCCAGAAUGACAUCAGCACGGUGCCGGAUGUAUGAAUUGCAAUAAAGGUAUCGUACUACUAUAAAUUGCAUUACAAAUUAGCCCAGCAUUACAAAUUUAAUUUGUAAUGCUGAUUUACCUCGAGAACGAGAUUUGUAAUGCAUGAUUACAAUACGAGUAGGAGUACGAUACUUUUGCACAGGAUAGGAUGCUUACGCAGAGGUGUCGUUGCUGCGGAAGGCGGUCUAUGCAUUGCAAGUAUGUCUGGGUCUGGAAGGAUAUAACUUGUGCUGCUGCAUUUGGAUACUACGAAAAUCUGUAUUGCAUGAACAGCUAAAGAGGUGAAGUGUUUGCCACGGCGAGAGGGUUUUUCUAAUGCGGUAUAGGCAUCAGGAAGAUCUCGCAAAAUCUGUGAUGCUAGGGCAUGCAUCACAGACGUCAGGAGUCAUGCAAAAUGUGCAUGACAAACCUUGCUUCCUCUCACAACCAGACAUGUUUGCAUUUGAUACGGUCCUGGAAUUCGCGAUCACAUCCGACGACAUGAAGUUCAACUGUGCGGUAUCCUGAGUAAAAACGUACCCACACCAGAGUCAAGAUGUGGAUUUUGCAACACAAACCUAGGAGUUUUGGGAGUCACGCAUGACAAGUUUCAGUCCGUAAGGUAGUGCAAGUUAGCAAGGAAAGCCGCAUCACAAAUCGAUCUGCUGAUCCUGUUUACAGCAUUACAAGUUCCCAAACACGAUUGGAAAUGCCUGUCAUGGGGUUGCGCAUCACAAAUGUUCCUGUCAUGGCAAAUCUGCAUGACAACUCUGGUGUGGGGACGUUUUUACUCAGGAUAUGCGGCGUUGGAAUUAGGCGAUUACGGGAAGAUCAUGCUGAUGAUAAAAAGGAUAAAGUCCCAAUCGAGUAACAACCAGUCAAGACUACGGAGUUUGUUCACGAACGAAAAUCAGCCGGAAACACUUGAGGAAGAAGAGGAACGGAGGAUGCUGAAACAGGAAAAAGCCGCGCUGAAGAGAAUACAAAGCGGAACUAGUCCAGAAACGUAUGACGAGGAUGUUGCGCUUGUAGAGAGGGCAAGAAACCGGCAGUUGUCGCUUGCGCAGGGAGCUGGUGCUGGUGGUGAUACGACUACUGGCACAAAUCAACCCGGUGCUGGUCCACACCGUUCUUACCCCGGGACCGAGCAAAAUCAGAUCCAGCUUGACUGCGCGCAAUUGUCCGGCGUCUGGGACAGCUAUGGCGACGUAACCUAUCUCAGCCUCCAACUAUCUCAAUUUUUUUUGCCUCAGCUUCGAAUAGCUGUAUGAGGAAGGUGCUCUCUCUAGCAUCGGAUCUGCAUGCAUAUAAUGCGCAGAGUCUUUGCGCGACAGACUAGCUGCAUGAAGCAAACACGUCUGGUCCUGCUGCGUCGACCUGUUGCCCUCCGUUUUCAUUGUCUUUCGGCCAUCGACCUGUGACCUCUUCUUGGACCCUCUUCCCAGGCCCUGAGGAAGCCUUCAAAAGUGCGCACUUUUUUGGCGAGCCAUGCCAUCGGUGGAAGGUGAUUACUGCCAUGCCCCUUCGGUAUACCCCUUGCGGGCGACGCCCUUUAUUCCGGAGCCCCCCUUCAAGCAAAGCACCCCCCGGACAGGACAGGGGGUGCUUGGCCUUGUCUUUUUGUCUUGAUUGUUCGAUGGAGCAGUUGACCCGACAACUUUUGUGAAUGCAGCUGAUUUGCCCGGCAACGGAUAAUAAAACCACUCAGCUUCAUGUCUUUGCCAGAUAAAGUAGCUUCCCGAAGUAUCCGCACUUAGUUGAAGUAAAAACUCGUUUGAGAUAGUAUCCGGCGUCUGGGACAGCAGGACUGCAUCGGGUACCGGAUUUGCAUUUGUGGUGCAUGGCUGCAAGAAUUACGUACGAGUAUCAGAUACAACUUUUGCAGUGGAAAUUCAUCCUCUUUCAGUUCGUCCUUGUG